GAGUGAACCUCAAAGAUAUAAUAUAAGUAGUGAAUGAACUCGUUCUUCGCCUCCGACUCGGAGUCCACAUCAUCGGCUACACAAGAUCCCCCUCAGUGAGCCCUUGCGCACAGCGGACGGUACUAACUCUGCCGACAAUGUAUGAGUUUUGAAAGGGACGGUGGCCGUGAUCCCGCUCGCUGCACUCAAUUGCUCAGUUAGCAUGUGGGAGCCUGACGCAAAGGCGUUCAAAUCUUCCCGGUGGCUCGAAUAGGACGAAGGCACGCAUAUGGCCAGAGAAACACUGCAUGGCCAUCGUUAUCUGAUGACCUUUGGUAAUGGUGCGCGGAUGCGCCUGGGGAAGCUGUUUGCGUUGACAGGCUCGGAGCUCGAGGCUGUGAUAUUCGUCCUUGUGCGAAACUUCGUGUUUGAGAUGGCAAAUGGUGCUGAGGUGCAGAUCGUGGAGAGUUUAGGGUUUUUACCAAGACCAAGGGUGUUUGGAACUACUGGGAUAUUGUGUACCCCUUCGGGUGCGCCGCUACAAGGUAUGUUUAUAUUCUGGGCUAAUUUCACUUUAGGCUCCUGCGAUGGCUGACUCAUAUACAAAAACCGGGUAUGAAUUCAAUUGCUUUCUAGGAGCACGUCCGUGUGUCUUAAUCCACCAGUUCUGUGUAUACUUAAUAUGAUUCAUGCGUGUUGGGAAUGGAGC